AUGAUGCUCCGCCGCCUCUGCUCCCGCUCCUCACCGCUCUUCGCCUGCAGCUCCGCGGGCCUCGCGCUUGUUGCCGCCGCCUCAGUCUCCUCUCCCCAUAAUGACAGCAGAGUUGCGCGCGCUGAGGCGCACCGCCGGCCCGAGGGCAGGCCCAUGAUGUUCGUGCGGGACCCCGUGGACUUCGCCCGCAAGUGGAAGAAAUUCUCCACCGACCGCCUCGACAAGCUCGUGGUCAUCGCCGACUUCGACUACACGCUCACGCCCGCCUACAAACCCACGGACGACCAAGCUCUAAGCACGCACCGCCUGUUGAUGGAGAGUGAGGCGCUCGGUCCGGACGCGGAAGAUGUGGCGCGGGAGAUUUUUGAGAAAUAUUACCCAAUCGAGCAGUCGGCGACGCUGACAAUGGAGGAGAAGCUGCCCUAUAUGAUCGAGUGGUGGGCCAAGACGCACGGACUCAUGAUCCAGCACGGCGUGUCCAAGAGCGCGGUCAAGAAGGCGGUGGACGAGAGUGACAUCGCGCUCCGUGAGGGGUUCAUGGAGAUCUUCGACCUCCUGGCGCUGGGGAACGUGCCUACGCUCAUUUUCUCGGCAGGGCUGUACGAUGUGAUUCACGCCGUGCUGGACAAGGAGUACGCGAAGACGGAGGCCAAGACGCCGCCCAAAAAUGUGCACGUGAUCUCCAACAUGAUGCGGUUUGACGAGAGCGACAAGGUGGUCGGGUUUGACGGAACGCUCAUUCACAGUUUGAACAAGAAUGCGAGUGCGCUGGUGGAGACGGACUUCUGGAAGCAGUGCCAGCUGGAGAAGCGACACAAUAUUCUGCUGCUUGGCGACUCACUGGGUGAUGCCAACAUGGCGAACGGCCUGGACUUCCAGGAGGACGAGAUUGUGCGCAUCGGAUUUCUCAACGACGGCGCCGAGGAGAAGUUAGAGCUGUAUCUGCAGCGCUUCGACGUUGUGCUCACGAACGACUCGAGCUUGCUGCCGGUCGAACUGCUAUUGCAUCAGAUUCAGCAAUGA